UUUAGUAAUCUUUGUAUAUAUUACGAGUUCAGAGAAGCUUAUUUGUAUUUCGUAUUUUAGGUUAAGUUGAUUUUAUCGAGGAUUAAAAAAAUAUUACAGAAAGUUCAUCUUAAUCUACAUGACCAAGUGAGAGUUACUAACAUGGAUCUUAAACCAGUAACACAUGUUCUUUUUGAUAUGGAUGGUCUAUUACUAAAUACUGAAGAUUUGUACACUGAGCUAUUUCAGAGAAUUGUGUCAAAGUAUGGAAAGGAAUAUACAUUUGAUGUAAAGUUAAAAUUAAUGGGAACUCAAGCACUUGAAAGUGCUUCAAUUGUUAUCAGAGAACUUGACCUUCCAAUGACCCCGGAAGAGUUUCUUGAAGAAUGUAAAAAAGGCGAAAGUCUUUUUGCUGAUUGCCAGUUAAUGCCAGGUGCUAGACGACUUAUUGAACAUUUGCACCAACACAAAAUACCCAUAGCUUUAGCUACAAGUUCCGGAGAAGAAAGCUACCAUUGCAAAGUAGAUAAACAUUAUACAGAAUUUUUCUCAUUGUUUCCUUACAAAACAUUUGGAUCCUCCGACCCUUCUGUAAAGAAUGGGAAGCCUCAUCCAGACAUCUUUUUAGUAACAGCAAUGAAAUUCCUGGAUAAACCUGUACCCGAAAAAUGUUUAGUAUUUGAAGAUGCAGUAAAUGGUGUAAAAGCUGCCGUUGCCGCUGGUAUGCAAGUUGUCAUGGUUCCAGAUCCUCGUAUAGACAAAAUUUUGACUACAGAGGCUACGCUUGUGCUUAGUUCGUUAGAAGAAUUUAAACCAGAACUGUUUGGCCUACCGCCAUUUACAGACUAGUUUUAAAUAUAACCGUACUAUAUUAGCACCUUUUUAAUUUAUGAAUUAGUGUUGCAGUCUUGAAGUAGUAGACAGGACUAUAAAUGUGUUUUUCACAGAAAACGAUUUACUAUUAAACAAAUAUUACUUGCUUGGUUUACCAAAUUAUGUACUUAAAUAUGGUUUAAGUAUUAUUGUUUCCAGUCAGCUAUGUAUAUAUAUAUAAUGUUAAUAGAAUAAUGUAAUUCCAGUAAUUAAGGUAAUGUAACUGUGAUAGUUUUUUUAAUGUCACUAUACAAACAAUAUACAUAAUACAUAGGUAAUGUAUUUAUUUUUGUGUUCUAUAAUAAAGAAUCGUAAGAA